CGCGGCGGCGGCAGCGGCGGCCCAGCCCGAGUUCACGGCGCUGGAGGAGGAGUCUCGGCCGGAGGUGCUGGUCCCCGUCGCGGAUUGCAUCGCCGCGGCCGCGGGCGCCUGCCAGUCGGCCACGCGCCCGUCUCCGUGUACCCUUUGCCCGGCCUGCCCAGAGGCAGGCGAGUCCUCAUCUCCGUCCUGGUCACUCCAGGUCGGCGCCGGGUUCUUGGGGUUGCAUUUCGUGGAGGCCGCCAAGCUUGGUCUCUCCCUGGUCUGUCGGCUCGGGAGCCUGCUUCGUCGAGCUUUCGGGGUUGGCGGCUCGCGCCAGCUCAACGCCCUCGGGGACCGUGCUGCCGCGGCGUCGCCGGUCGAGGUCGACUCCGUCGUGCCGCUCGACUUCCACGCCCUCGCCUUUGAGCAGGCCCGCAUCGGCCGGCUCAGGUACAGCGUCCCCGGCCCGCUCAUGUACCAUGAGAGGUUGACGCUGGGAGAGCGGGGCGCGCUGUCGUAUAUUCUCACGCCCGACUUCGACGACUACGACGAGGGCAACGUUCCGAACCAGGACAUCGCGGAGAUUAUCAGGCUCGCCGGCCAGGGCGGCUUUCCGCGACUGGCCGGGUCCACCUUCCACCUCGAGCUCGCCGCAGGGAACGUGCUCGGGGGCGGGGCAGGUGUCCGCGCCCUGGUCGACCCGGCCGCGCCGGCCGCGGCGCCCGUUGCGCCGGCCGCCGGCGUGGGAG